GGUGUCGAAGUUUUUACUAAAAUCGAAUAAAAAGCCAUCCAUUUUAGGUUGCUGAAGGAACCGUUACUAACAUCACAAUGGAUCCAGCACUGCUGCGCGAGCGGGAGGCCUUCAAGCGGCGGGCGAUGGCCACGCCAACCGUCGAGAAGAAGGCCAAAACGGAAAGUUCUUUCACGACACCGAAGGAUAUGAAAAAGCCUCGUUCGGCCUGCGCACCGCCCAAGAUUGAUGCCUCCAACUACAAAACUAUGUCCGGCAGUUCCCAGUAUCGCUUCGGUGUGCUGGCAAAAAUUGUGAAGCAUAUGCGCACCCGGCACCAGGAGGGAGACGAUCAUCCUUUAACUUUGGACGAAAUCCUCGACGAAACCAACCAAUUAGACAUAGGAUCCUCGGUGAAAGCGUGGCUACAGGGAGAGGCACUUCGAAACAAUCCAAAGAUUGAACUAACCCCGGACGGGCGAUUUCUGUUCAAAGCCGUGUUUAAACUUAAGGACGGAAAAUCGUUGAUGCGCCUCCUGAAGCAACACGACCUGAAAGGUCUCGGUGGAGUGCUGCUGGACGACGUGCAGGAGUCUCUGCCGCACUGUGAGAAAGUGCUCAAGAAUCGUGCUUCGGAGAUCAUUUUUAUUACCCGACCGAACGAUAAGAAAAAGAUUCUGUUCUACAACGAUCGUACGGCAAACUUUCAAGUUGAUGAAGACUUCCAGAAGCUGUGGCGUUCCGUGACGGUCGACGCAAUGGAUGAUGCGAAGAUUGACGAAUACCUUGAGAAGCAGGGCAUCCGCUCGAUGCAGGAUCACGGACCGAAGAAACCACUUCUGCCGAAGCGGAAGAAAAUACAGAACAAGAAACGGCAGUUUAAGAAACCCCGUGAUAAUGAACAUUUGGCGGACGUACUGGAAACCUACGAAGACAACACACUCACGCAGUCGAAUGCGGUGCAGGAAAUAAAGCAAAACAACUGAAAACGAAACAGACUGUCGAUUGUAUGAUAA